CUGCACAACUCUGGCUGCUGGUGACAGGAGGCUCAGCCCAGCGGCCCCUGCCAGCGGGUCUGGGACAAAGGGGACAAAACAGCCUGGGGAGGGGACCAAGGGACAGCAGGGGACCCCAGUGGUCAGGGAGACACACUCCUGAUUGGGACCCCAGACGAGUGUGACCCUGCCCCGCGGGUGUCCAGGGGAUGGCAGCUGAUGUCGCUGCUUCUCCAGGCUCGGCCAGCAAGAGGGACUGUGCUCCCGGCUCCAGAGAGAAAAUGUCAGCAGAAGGCAGCGGCCACCAGGCCACCCCCGACAAGGGCAGAGCCGGAGAGGACCCAUGUCACCGGCAUGCCUGUCCAGAAACCCUUUCUGGGUUGGAGCAGACGGGGGCUGCUGGGGAGUCACCACACAUCAAGACAGAGUCUGAAGAGCCACAUCCCGAGGAGACAUUGCAGGAGGACAGGGUUCAAGGAACUCACAGCUGGGCUCCACUAAGCCAGGGCUCUAGGGAGAAAGCGCCCUUUCUGCCUGCCAGGGCCCUCCCCUGUCCCCAGGUUCCCUUGCUUGCCUGCCAGGGCAAGACCAGAGACCGACAGAUGGCCGCUGCCCUGCUCAGUGCCUGGACCCAGAUGCCGGUGACCUUCGAGGACGUGGCGCUGUACCUGUCGCAGGAGGAGUGGGGGCGGCUGGACCAUGCACAGCAGAACUGCUACAGGGACAUCCUGCAGAGGACGACUGGGCUGUCCCUGGGGCUUUCUGUGGGCAGACCCCUCCGGGCCUCCCAAGUUCAGGCCAAGACGGAGGCCUCCAGCUUGCACCCACACACUGAAGAUGAGGCAGGUGCGUGCAGGGCAGGUGACCCCUUGUCCAUGUGGCUGCAAACACACUGCUCUUUCUGUGGAGCCCCCCACCCAGCGCUUGUUUUGGCCCUUCCCCACAAUGCCCCAGCCGCAACAAAUCCCUGCUCUCCUUACUCCCCCCAGGAGCCCUACACUGGGGGAAGGAGGAGCCCUCCUCUUCCCUGGCGACCUCUGAGGAUGCAGAGUCCUUGGGGGGCGCCCAAGGGGUCGGCUGGCAGAACCCGGAUGCGGGGCCGCUGGAUCCCCCAGAGGAGAGACCCCCGAGGCCCACCCCAAAGGAUGCGGCCAAGGGCAGCCAGGGCAGCCGAGGCACCCGAGGGCGAGGCCGGCAGGAAGACCUUCCGCUGCGAGCAGUGCGGUAAAGGCUUCAGCUGGCACUCGCACCUGGCCACGCACCGGCGCACGCACACGGGCGAGAAGCCCUACGCCUGCACGGACUGCGGCAAGCGCUUCGGCCGCAGCUCGCACCUCAUCCAGCACCAGAUCAUCCACACGGGCGAGAAGCCCUACACCUGCCCGGCCUGCUGGAAGAGCUUCAGCCACCACUCCACGCUCAUCCAGCACCAGCGCAUCCACACGGGCGAGAAACCCUACGUGUGCGAACGCUGCGCCAAGCGCUUCACGCGCCGCUCGGACCUGGUCACGCACCAGGGCACCCACACGGGCGCCAAGCCGCACAAGUGCCCGGUGUGCGCCAAGUGCUUCACGCAGAGCUCGGCGCUCGUCACGCACCAGCGCACGCACACCGGCGUCAAGCCCUACCCGUGCCCGGAGUGCGGCAAGUGCUUCAGCCAGCGCUCCAACCUCAUCGCGCACAACCGCACGCACACGGGCGAGAAGCCCUACCACUGCCUCGACUGCGGCAAGAGCUUCAGCCACAGCUCGCACCUGACGGCGCACCAGCGCACACACCGCGGCGUGCGGCCCUACCCCUGUGCGCUGUGCGGCAAGAGCUUCAGCCGCCGCUCCAACCUGCACCGGCACGAGAAGAUCCACACGGCCGGGCCCAAGGCGCUGGCCAUGCUGGUGCUGGGGGCGGCGGCGGCGGCCGGGGCUCUGGCUGCUGCGCCCCCGUCUGCGCCCACCUAGGGGCCGCCGGCUGGGGCUGCAGGGUGCUGGCAUGGGGUGAGGCCAGGGGGCAGGCACGCUGGCUGCUAAUUAAAGGCCUUGGAAUUCCAGCCGCCUCCUGGGGCCCCUGCAGGGGAUCAGGGCCCUCUGGGCCAGCCCUGAGUCAUCCUGGCCCUGAGUCAGUCUUCAGAUCUUGGGCUCGCCCCUCCCGGCUUCAGAGCUCCAGGACCUGAGGCCAAGGCCGAGGCUUCCGAGCACUGAGACCUCCAGAGCUGGCACCAGGCUCUUGUGAAACUGGGGACAGCCCCGACCCCCACAGGACCUGUCUGUGGAACCGCCCGCCAGAGCAGCUGCUCAGCAAGUGGCAGCUACUCCUGUUUCAGGUCACCCUGGAGGCCCUGCCUGUCACUACCAUCUCCCAUUCCUACCCCCAAGGGGUGGGAGUCCAGCUUGCAGUUAUCCAGGUUUGCAGCCCAGACCCCAAGAUGACAUUCAGCUAUAACUCUGACCUGCUUAAGGACACCUGUAUGGCAGAGACCACACCUGUCUCUGGGGGCUGCACCUCCCAGGGACACAGUGGCUGGGGCUCCCAGACAACCUGAACAGGAGUAGCUGGUCCUUGCUCGGCAGCUCUGAGCAGUUGUUAGAGAGGAGGACACAGGCUGUGACCCGGAAAACCUGCCCAGAGUCACACACCCCUAGAGAGAGCUGGAAGCUGAGGCUCAGGUCCCUGGACUUCUAUUAUGUAAAGAAUACCAAUGGGAGCCAGACAGGAUGCAGCGGGUUAAGCUCACAUGGCAUGUGGCACAAGGACCAAGGACCGGCAUAAGGAUCCCGGUUUGAGCCCCCAGCUCCCCACCUGCAGGCAAGUUGCUUCACAGGCGGUGAAGUAGGUCUGCAGGUGUCUAUCUUUUUCUCCCCCUCUCUGUCUUCCACUCUUCUUUCCAUUUCUCUCUGUCCUAUCUAACAAUGACAUCAAUAACAACAAUAAAAAAAAAGGGCAACAAAAGGGAAAAAUAAAUAAAUAAAUAUAAAAAAUUAAAAAAGAAAAAUACCAAGACAAGCCUGUCCAAAAAGAAAACAAUCAAACAGUAGACUUGACCUUCAGGGACACUGAAGACGGAGGUGUGGGGAAGGGUCUUGUGUGACACCAGGAAGUUGCUGACUCAAGAGUCCAGAAAGGUGUGUGUGUGUGUGUGUGUGUGUGUGUGUGUGUGUUGGGGGGGAGGGUGUAUCAGCAGGAACCAGUGCAGGGUUUCUGUCUUUUUCCUCUUUUUUAAAAAAAAUAUUUAUUUAUUCCCUUUUUGUUGUCCUUUUUUAUUGUAGUUAUUGUUGUUGUUGGAUAGGACAGAGAAAAAUGGAGAGAAGAGGGGGAGAGAAAGAUAGACACCUGCAGACCUGCUUCACCGCCUGUGAAGCGACUCCCCUGCAGGUGGGGAGCUCAGGGCUCAAACUGGGAUCUUUAUGCUGGUCCUUGUGCACUUUUAAAGUAAGUGAAAUGAAAUGACAUCAUAGCAUGAAGCUUCCCCCACCCUACCCCCAAAGCUUGAUUUGUGGGUGGUGCUGUGGAGACAGUGUAAUGGCUAUACAGAGUUUUUAAUUUAUGACUUUUUAAAGAUUUUUUUUUAUUAUUGGAGAGAUAGGAGAGAAAGAACCAGACAUUAUUGUGGUACAUGUGCUGCCAGGGAUCAAACCUAGGACCUCCUGCUUGAGAGCCCUAGCCAGUGCACCACCUCCUGGACCACUUUUUUUUUCCCUUACCAUAGCACUGUUAAACUCUGGCUUGUGGUGGAGGUUGAACCUGGGACUUUAGAGAGUCAGGCUCCAAAGUACCUUCCAAUCCCCCACACCACCAUAAGCCAGAGCUGAGCAGUGUUCUGGUAAAAUAAAUAUUUUUAAAAACUAAGAGAAAAAAACUUGUCUUUAAAAAAUGUAUAUUUAUUCCCUUUUUGUUGCCCUUAUAAUUAUUAUUGUUGUUGUUGGAUAGGACAGAGGGGGAGAGAAAGACCUGCAGACCAGCUUCACCACUUGUGAAGUGACUCCCCUGCCGGUGGGGAGCCGGGGGCUCGAACCGGGAUCCUUAUGCCAGUCUUUGCGCUUUGUGCCAUGUGCGCUUAACCCAUGGCACUACCACCCAUCUCCAAAAAAAGACAGUCUUUUUGAACAAGCACUCGCUAUCUUCCCAGCUCAGGAGAUAGCUUUUUAUUGAGGUGUCAAGCAAGAAAGCAGUCCUCCCAUCUUGUCCAUGGGGUUCUGGUCACUCGGUGUAAGUGAGAUUUCUCUACUGGGCGAGGGGCUGAGGAGCCAGAGGACUCAGCUUGCUUCUCUGUCUUCUGAAGAAAGACUGAGAUGAGGACACUGGGGCUUAGCUGGUCUGCACAGCUGGUGUUUGCAUCCCUUGUCACUGCCUCAAGCUCUGUGGCCAGCCAGAACUGCUUGGAGGUGUGUUAAGUGAGCAAGGGAAUCAUUUAAAGACUACACAUUGUCCUGGGGAUCUCAGCUUUCUUGCUCAUGUCAACUAUUUUUCAAGCAGCUCAUUCCACUAUAAAAAUGGCCUGGCAGUGCUGGAGGCCACUUCCUACACAGACCUGGCUGGGCCAUUUUAACACUGAAUUUGAGCAGUUUGGGAGAUAUUUGACAAGAAUGAGGUCUGGGAGGUGGUGCACUGGGUUAAGCAUACAUAGUACAAAGUGCAGGGGCCUGCACUAGGAUCCCAGUUCAAGCCUCCGGCUCCCCAAAUGCAGGGAGGGGGGCUUCACAAACAAUGAGGCAGGUCUGCAGGUGUCUCUCUGUCCCUCUCUAUCUUCUCCCCUCUCAAUUUCUCUAUGUCACAGAGGACCUAGUGGGGGUUGUAUUGUUAUAUGGGAAACUGGGGAAUGUUAUACAUGCACAAACUAUUGUAUUUACUGUUGAAUGUGAAACAUUAAUUCCCCAAUAAAAAAAU